ACACCACGACAAAGAGAUGAAAAGGCUGCGCUAUAGUGUUCAAAUCUGUACGAAAUACUGUCCGACUGAUUCGAAAUAGUGUUUUUAGUGUAAAUAGAAACGAAAAUGGGCGACAUCAAAUUUAUUAACAAGAAUCUCCUGUCUCUAAAAUGUGUGAUAUUUCUGUUUUUUGGAGCAAUCGGAUCUCUACUGCCUUUCCUGCCUCUUCAGAUGACUAUUUGGGGCUUAUCCAGAGAUGAAGCUGUUAUAGUGUCUUCCGUAGCACCCUUGAUAGCUCUCAUUGGCCCUUUGGUAGCUGCGCCCUUAGCUGAUAGAUUAGCAGGUGGUUUUGGGGGUGCUCCUAGAAGCAAAACAGGACGAUACCUCCGUGUUAUGAUAGCAUUAAGUUGCUUACUAGCAACCCUAUUUUAUUGGCUCCUUAUUAUCAUCCCGCCCAUAAUAAGAAGCCCUCCAAAUGUGUCAUUUGUCUGUGAUGAAGAAGGAGGCUUUAUCCUCCAAGAUCGAUGUGGUGCUGAAAGGACAUGUUAUAAUUGGGGAUCAGGGAAAGGUUCAGUUCUAGUCAAAAACUGCAUAUUCUCCUGCAAUGCCACAUCGUCAUACAAGAGCGAAAACAACCCUCUACCAGAAGUAGAAGAAGUCAGUUCAGAGUAUGGUGAUGGCGAUUACGAAGCAACUGAGUCCAGCAUACUCAACGAACCCGAAGGUUUUGCUCCUCCAUCAAGUAUAGACAGCUACUUUAGUGAACCUUACCCGCACAUGUGCUUCAAGAAUGUCAGUGGCGAUACAGUGUGUGAAGUUUACACUGAAUUUUCGUGGCCAAUCAGAUUCAACCUGGGUCUGAGACCAUCAGACAGUGUGGAUAAUGACACAGAAGCAACGUGCAAGUACCCAUUUGACGAAUAUUUCCACUGCCGCAUUCCUGUGUUAAAAGCUCAACAAAUCAAAAGAGACUACGGGAACGAAGACUGUCAACCUGUCAUUUUAUGCGAAAUACAUGACCCUUACAAUGGAACGGACUCUCUAUUGAAAAGAUCUCAAUGCGGAUAUGAUAACAUAAGCUUUUGGUUAUAUCUUUUCAUUAAAUCCUUCGCCGACAUCUUCUUGGCAGCUGCUGUAGCGCUGAUUGCUACAGCUGUAGUCAUCGCUACGAGGGAGACGUCUACCGGCCGUGGUGAUAUAGGAAAACAGUUCGCCUUGGGUGCGCUGGGUUUCGAUUUUGCACCUAUAAUCGGGGAUGUGCUAAUGGAAGGUUUUCGAAGGCAUGAUCUGUUUCAGUGUAUUGAUGGUUUGGCUAUUAUCAUCUUAAUUGUAGAUGAAAAAAUGCCACUGAGUCCACCAGAAUGGUGGUGGCACACCAGAUGUGGUCUUCUAGCCUUACCAUUGUCUUCUGUAAGGAAAUAUGGACUUGAAACAGCUGCUUUGGGGAUCAUACUGUUCCUCCUUGGUAUUUUCUGGAACUCGAUUGAUACCUACUUACCAUGGCAUGUAGUGAAAAUGGAAGAUGGUGAGCCACUGAUUAUAGGACUGACUGUCACUAUCGGGGCACUGCCUGCUGUAGUUUUCCUGUACUAUGCUGAAAAAAUUGUUGACUAUUGUGGUCAUUCGAAUCUUCUGAUUUUCUGUUUCGUCAACUAUAUCUGUCAUCACUUAACUUUGAUAUGUGUGGACAACGCGAAACUUCUAUUUUUGUGCGAAUUUCUGGAAAUAUUCACACUCCACGUCAUGUACGUCACUGCCGUUUUGUAUCUGAGGCAUUUGGUGCCCAGGAAAUUGACAGCUUGUGGUCAAGCACUGCCAGUUAUUGCUCAUUUCUGUUUAGGUAGAUGUUUUGGGGCUCUCCUAGGUGGAAUAGCCUACGACGAGUACCCGUACAACUUCAACCGGGUCCAUCAGGGAUUCACCAUAGCAGCUGCAGUGGUGGCAUUCAUCUACUACAUCGCUUACCAUUUCUAUUUGAAGCCGAAAUGUGGGGCUCCCGUCCACUUACCGCCAGAUCCGGCCCCUGCAAUCAUACAGAGGGAUAUUGAUUCCGAUUCGCAUAUUACAAGACAGGAUUCCCAAGAAGGAAUCGAUAUGGUAUCGAAAAAAAUCCUUCAACAUGGAGUUACAUCUUAUUGUCCAACCCUAGUAACAUCCCCUGUAGAAAUAUAUCAUGAGGUUCUGCCCAGGCUUUCUUACAGGAAAGGGGGUCCUGAAGGGGCUACAAUUUUAGGAGCUCACGUUGAGGGUCCUUUUAUUAGCAAAGAGAAGAAAGGGGCUCACCCUGAAUAUUGUAUUCGAGAUUAUGAUGAUGUAUGGAUAGAUCUGCCUAUUUAG